AAAAAUGAAAAUCAACUAAUAAAUCCAGAAUACAUAAAUAAUUAGUUUAUAAAUUUGGUUUUAAUCUGGUUUAAAUCAAAAAAGAAACAUACAAUUAUUAAUUUCAAUUAUAUAAAAACCAUAUAAACAAUAGUUGAUUUAAUUAUCAUAAUUACAAACUUUUAAGGUUGGACUCUUUUUAGAAUAAAACAUUUUAAUUAAAAAUUUAAUUUAGUUUCCACCACAAAUGUUCAUAUUAAGUCUAAAAAUUGAGUCAAAAUAUGUUUGAUCGCUUCUAAAAACUUUUCCACACUAUUAUGCUAAUUAAGCUCAGUGACGAACACUGAUUGGCUGGCCCUCGGUCAAUUUCAUAUUUCAGUCCUGACGUCAGGACGCCUAUAAAACUAAGCAAUGCUUUUUACUCGUCGUCUGACUGAUCCGCUGAAAAAAAUCUAUCAAUUCUUGGGUGGAGUUUUUUUUUUUUUUUUCCUCCCUUCAUUCUCCACAACUGUUUGCCCGGGACACGUGCGUGAACCUCCUCAAAUUGGCGCACUAAUCCUAAAAGGAGCCAUGAAGUGUUAAACGGUAGAAACAGAGAGAGCGUCGCUCAGACACCCGCACGCUGGGAGAGAGGGAGGAAACAGCGCUGCUCCAAUGCGUCUGUGCAACACAGGCUGAAGAAAAAAAAACUUAUCGACUCACAAAAAGCCGCUUUCGCGCUGCGCAAUUAGUGCGAGAAAAUUCACCUUUUCCUCCGAUUUUGAAGAAAAUAAAUAAAGAAAUCAAGCUGGCUCAGUGCGUGUCUCAGCAGCCUACUUUGACAGGUGCUCCUCACCCCCUUUGGAGGACUGUCAACAGCAAGAGGAUGGCAUCAGAGCUGGCAAUGAGCAACUCCGACCUGCCCACCAGUCCCCUGGCCAUGGAAUAUGUUAAUGACUUCGAUCUGAUGAAGUUUGAAGUGAAAAAGGAGCCGGUGGAGCCCGAUCGCAGCAUCAACCAGUGCAGCCGCCUGGUCGCCGGGGGAUCCCUGUCUUCCACCCCGAUGAGCACACCUUGCAGCUCGGUUCCCCCCUCUCCAAGCUUCUCGGCGCCCAGUCCGGGAUCAGGGAGCGAGCAGAAGGCGCACUUGGAGGAUUUCUACUGGAUGACCGGGUACCAACAGCAGUUGAACCCCGAAGCUCUGGGCUUUAGCCCGGAGGACGCCGUAGAGGCUCUGAUCAGCAGCAGUCACCAACUCCAGACCUUCGAUGGGUAUGCCAGAGGGCAGCAGUUCGGCGGCGCAGCCGGGGCAGGGGGCGCCAUGGCCGGGGAGGAGAUGGGAUCGGCGGCCGCCGUGGUGUCCGCGGUCAUCGCAGCAGCCGCAGCCCAGAACGGGGCUCCCCACCACCACCACCACCAUCACCAUCACCACCACUCAGCGGCACACCAUCCCUCCUCCGGAUCGCAGUCCGGCGCCGGCGCGGGGGGGAACCAUCAGCACCUGCGCUUGGAGGAUCGCUUCUCGGACGAGCAGCUGGUGACCAUGUCGGUGCGGGAAUUGAACCGGCAGCUGCGGGGGGUCAGCAAAGAAGAAGUCAUCCGCCUGAAACAGAAGAGGAGGACACUAAAGAACAGAGGCUAUGCCCAGUCCUGUCGAUACAAGCGGGUCCAGCAGCGUCACGUCCUGGAGGGAGAGAAGACGCAGCUCAUGCAGCAGGUGGACCACCUCAAGCAGGAGAUCUCCCGGCUGGCCAGGGAGAGGGACGCCUACAAGGAGAAAUACGAGAAGCUGAUCAGCACCGGCUUCAGAGAAAACGGAGGCUCCAGCAGCGACAACAACCCCUCAUCCCCGGAGUUCUUCAUGACAUCAAGAAAAUUCCUCCAUCUGUGAUAGAGAGCUGCGCUCAAACCAACCUGGAGUUGAAGGUCAUGACACUGGAAUGAGGAUUCUUAAACAACCUGCGGCACCCAGACUGCCAAAAAGCACAACGUCUCAAAGGCAGCCCGUCCUCGCUGGGGUUUCCGGACAACCAACCUGAAUUCAGAGCCAAAGGCUGAUCGUCAUCAUAAAAAAAAGGACAAAAAAAAGGAAGAAAAAGGACAUUAAAAAACAAAAUUUACCCAACUCAAACACCAAGAAUUUGAAGAACCUGGAGUGUAAAUAAGACUUGCUACCAUCUCUAUACAAAUGGACAAACACCCUUACAUAAAUACUUCUGAGACUUGACAGAUUAUCAAAACUUUACUUUGCAAAAAGGAAAAUUUAUGAUGUCCCUUCAGCACAGCCCGCGGAAUCAGGAAUUUGUAAAUCUUGUACAGAAAACAAAGGAAAUAAGAAAUUAUUGCAAAAAUAAUGUAGAUAUUCAUAAGAAUCAUACCUCUAGUGUGUUUAUAUAUCCACAGGUGUCACGUGGCCACCCAUUCAUUUUUUCUUUUUGCCCUAAAAGUUUUAGCCGGUGCUUCUUUCAAACCCUAAAGAAACAUCUUGACAGAAAUAAGGACUCAGACAUUUACAGGGAAAACUAAAUUUUUAUGUCUAAAUCUUUAAGAAAUCAUAAUCAAAACAAAAAAAAUAGAUAAAGCGUACCCACUUUUCAUUGUAAAAUACCACGUCAGAGCCUGGUCAAACUUUUAUUCUUUCGGAAAUAAAAACUCACUCCUGUACUUUGUGAAGUGUUUUAGCCCCGCUGUGACGUGACAUAUCUGGAUGGACUUCUGUCGUUUGGCAGCUUUUGUACAGUGCAGUCAGAGUCUUUGAUUAACUUCAUCUUCAAGUCAACUGCUUCCUCUUUGAAUCCUGUUUUGGCUUGCACCCGCCCUCCUCAUCUGCCACUUUAGAGGGCUUGUAUCCCCGCUGACCUCUCCGCCACCAGGCGCUCGCUGAGCUCCCACAGGCUGGCGGCGCUGCUCUGAUCCUGGGCCUGGUUGGACGGCUGGCAGCGGAAGCAGUUGUUGAAGUACAUGCCGCCCAACCCAUCCAGCUCCGGAGCCACGGCGCAGUACACCGUGGUGGCCGCACCUUGUUGCUGCGGAGAACAGAGACAACCGUGAGAGGACACAAUGGCGUCAUCCUGCAGGAGGAGACACUAAAAACAAAAAACAAAACAUGGAAACUCACACACAGACAUUAGGAUGUGUCCUGUCCAGAGAGGACACCCCCUUUGUCCUUCAUGUGACACAAAGAGACAGCAGGGCUGAGCGGCCACAGAGGAUUCAAGCACACGCUGUCUCACUUUAAUCCAUGCGGCCCAUGAUGACUGGCUCAUACUACCAUGGGAAAAGCAUCACCUUCUCCUGUACAUAUAUUUAUAUACAUAUAUUUAUUUAUUUAUGUAUUACUCUGCCUGGACUUUUGGCUGCACCGAACUGUGUGAAGGCCAAACUCACUGGAAAAGGUGAAACAAACACCAGCUCCUGUCUGGAUCACCAGGAAGACACAGCUUUUAUGUACGUUCCAGAGCUUUUAAGGCCAUGGCAACGAGUAUCGAGAUUUUCUUUAUGUGUACAGGGAUUCACAGCUGAAUUUUAGGUUUCAAAAAGUGAUGCAAGUACAAGUUUUUUUUUUUUUUGUUUUUACAAAUGCACAUAAUUUUUCUAAUUAAAAUCUCAACCUGGAACACAAAUUCAUUUUGAGACGCUAUUAGAUGCUGGUCAGUAAUUAGCAGGGAGAUAUUCCUGUGAUUUUUGAAAAUGAAAGACGAGAAAGCGACAGAAUAAAAACAUCAGAGAGAGAAUUAGGCACAUAACCCGACUGUUGCAGCUCUGACUAAAAGCUGCUGUGACAGCAAACUCCAGAGGCUGAAGACAACUUCUGUACAGCUGCAGAAAGUGACUCGCCUCUUUAUCUAAUGAUGAGAGUGAUGAGAGUUUCACUGGCACACUCAGACGAGCCCAUAUGUGGGAUAGGCAAACAUACGUAUAACAGAGCAACUGUUUGAACAGAUUCCUAAAGCAGCUGUAAAGAUCUACUGAGGUCUAAGACAUUUAUAUGAACAAAAUGCAUAUGCAGGGAAAAGAUAAAAUGAGAUUUCAAGCUUCACACACACAACUUCUGCAAGCAAAGUUCCGCCCCGGUUAGUGGUGGUGUGUGAGCGCUGCUGCAGCAGCGUUUGAUGUGCAGCGUGAUGAGAGGGCUGGUAAACAGCAGAUGAAACGGCAGCAUCUCUCUGUGCGCUGCUGCCUGUCUCACCUGCCAGCCAGGCGAUAACUUCAUCCACGUCACAUGUCGCCGUAUCAAAAACCCAGACAAAUGCCAAGCAGUGUCUCUGAGUCGCAGGUUCACACGCGCCGCCUCCAAGUCAUCUCCCCUCACGUACGACAUCUGAUUUAGCUGCCGCCUUUUUAGAAGAUUUCUGUGUCACUGAAGCCCCUUGAACUUGACUUUCAGAGCAGCUUCUGCACAAUUAACAACGCAAAACAGGAAAAUAAGGUUUCAAAUCGAAACUUGCACGACUGGAAUCCCCCUAAAAUACUCCAGAAAGCGAGUGAGCGCUGCAGCUCGUUUUCUGGCUGCAGCCGUCCAGUUAGUGGCAGAUGAAGUACAACAUAGACUGUUUGUACUAUCUUGUUGGUGUUUAGCUUAUCCUCCCCACCACUUGACCUUGUGACCUGCGUAAAAGAUAAAGCUGAUGGGAUUAGACAUUAACAUGCUCAGCCACCCACCACAGCCAUUUAUCAUAGUGUGUGCGCCUGUAGAUAGAAGGAAAGACGUGUGCAAGGUAGUGGGACGAAGAACCGGAGAGGGCGAGCGACAAACUCUUGCUCUUGGAGACACGUAAAAUCAACAUUCCUAUAAAAAUCUGGAUAGUAAAUGUUCAGAAAUGAAGUCUCAGAAGUGUAAGAACGUUUUUUUCAAAAAGCUGUUGAAGAAGGAGAAUCAUCGAUGUUCAGACUGAGGAGAUUUAGGGCGUUAAAACCUGCAGGAUGGUUUCAAUAACACUUAUUUAGGAAGAAAAGGACAAAUGAACCGAAACAUUCACAAACCUAAAAAUCCCUUUUUGAUAAAUUAUGGCACAAAGAUCAAAGCAAUACGAUAAGCCAAAUAGUAGAAUUGAUAGCAAGUUUGUUUUCUUUUGUGUGUCUUAUCAAUAACAAGCCAAAAUUCAAACAUUGAUUUCAGCAAUAAACUGAUUCUGGUGAGUCUGCGUGGAAAUGGGGUUCAGUCUUGUUACAGCUCUGGGAUCAGAUCCAAGUCUUCCAAUACUGAGCCUGACGGAUUCGCAAUAGAAAUGUCCUUGUACAGUGUUGCGCAAUAACUGGUUGUUACAAAUGUAUUUAAGAGCAGAAGAAAAAAAACAUUUUUUUUUGUUUUCUUCAUGAAUCAACUGUAAUGUUCCUUUUGCCGUGUUUUGUUGCGUGUCUCUUAACAUCCGAGUUGCUGUCAGCUGUUUGAGCUUUUCUGCAUGUGAUCCUUCAGCCUCACAUCUGUAGUUACAGCAUCGACCUCUGACCUGCGUGUAAAUACGUCAGUACUGUAGAGCAGUCUGUUUUUGGCCUGUACAUACAAAAAAAAAAUGUGUAUAUACUAAAACCUAUGCAUGCUAAAAAAAAAACUAGCAAUUCUUUCAGGUACUUUUAUAUUACCCAAAUUCUCAUAUGGCAUGUGCUAAAAAAAAAAAAAAAAAGUAAAAAAACUAGAAAAAAGGAGAAAAACUAUAUGAAUAAAAAGGUUAAAAUAAAUGAGUUCAUUAUAUUGUCUGGCAAUAUCCUCUCUUGGACAGUGUGUGUAGAGUCUUCCUGUUUUCUUUCUCCUGUGGGUGGUUCUCUUCCUUUGCCUGUCCUGUGUUUCUGCUCACCAUCUGUGUCAGUUGUUGUCAGUUGUACAGCAGCGAGGGUUGAGGCAGAGAACCGGUGGCGUUUACCAGCUGACCUUGGCGGCGGCGCUCCAGUUCAGCAGCGGUACAAAUGCUGGCUAAAUUUUUUUUUUUUUUUUUUAAGCCUCAGAAACAAUUUGAGAAGUCGACUUUUACCUCUGAUCAUUACGGCAUGCCUACAUGCUUUUUAAGUGAACUACUGGUUUUAGCCUUAUUUUUUUAACUUUUUGAUUUUUAUUCAACUUUAACUCAGAUAUUUGUCAUUAACAGAGGAACAGAUCCUAUUUUCUUCCAAAUACUGACAGUUCUAUGACUAUUUUAUCACAUUUUAAUAAAAGCAUACAUUUUGUUCUCCUUCCAUACAAGGCCGUAACUGUAAAAACAUCUGGUGAAAAGACCUUUUUUUACCAUUUGAUGUAAUAGAGCUACAGCAUGUAUUUGGAAGCGUGUUUCCUGGCUUGUAUGCUUGGUAAAGGGAUCCGGAGCAGUGCAGCUUUUGCCUCAGCCCUCUGCCCAGCAACAAAGAGUCACUAUCCUCUAAAUGGGACUCCAAAUCAAUUGUGAUUAUGUUUAAGGAAUGUUUUUUUUGUUUUGUUGUUUGUUUAUUUUAUUUUUUUGUUCCUCAACCUGUGAUGUUUAAAAUAGAUGGAGGUGUCUGAUUUUUAAUCUGUGCUAAAGAUAUUUUACAUUUAAUAAAUAAUCAUUGAAAGCAAA